AUGUCGGUUUCUAUGGCAACAGACUCUUACCCACCCCUCGACUGGUCAGCGGCCUCGGUAACCCCUGCAGGCAGAAACAUCACCAGCCGGCAACGUGACCCCGUUCUGGCGGUGGCUGAGGUCGUGGUGCUGGCGGUCAUCUUGGUGAUGGCGUUGCUCGGCAACGGGCUGGUGCUGGCGGUGCUGCUGAGGAGGAGACGACACAACAACCCACUGCACCAGUUCAUGCUCAACCUCUGCGUGGCCGACCUGGUGGUGGCGCUGUUUCAGGUGUUGCCUCAGCUCGUCUGGGACGCCAAGGGUCGUCUUCCCGGGCCGGACUUCCUGUGUCGCCUGGUAAAAUACCUGCAGGUCCUCGGGAUGUUCGCCUCUUCCUACAUGAUCGUUGCCAUGACGAUGGACAGACACUAUGCCAUCUGCUGCCCCCUGCUGGCACACCGCAGCGGGGCCACCCAGCGCUGGAACAGCUUCAUACUGCUGGCCUGGGGUCUGUCGCUGCUGCUCAGCCUGCCACAGGUUUUUAUCUUCUCACAGUCCGAAUUGGCUCCGGGUGUUUAUGAGUGUUGGGGAAACUUUGAAGAGUCCUGGGGCCUCAAAGCCUACGUCACCUGGAUGACUCUGGCCAUCUUCAUCCUCCCUGUCCUCAUCAUCACCGUCUGCCAGGUGAGAAUCUUCAAGGAGAUCCACAACAAUCUGUACCUGAAGUCAGAACGUCGCCUGUCCCCUGUCUCCCUCCCUCCAUCCAGACGGGACAGCCAGAGAGGAGGAGGAGGAGGAGGAGGAGGAGGAGGAGGAGGAAGCGGAGGAGGAGGAAGUGGAGGAGGAGGAGGAAGUGGAGGAGGAUGCAGAGGGAGGUCCAGUCUGUCUCUGUACGUUUCACCAAUCAUUUUCAACAACCCUGCGGAGAGUCAGACCAGCUUCGAGCCCGGAUCUACUUUUGUACACGUGCCCAUGAGUCCACUCAGGACCAACAGUCUGACUCCACAUUGUGAAAUCCACACCUACACAGCUGUUCACCCAGCUGAGCAGCAGCCUGACGUCCUGCCUGACCCUGCAGCGCCCUCUGCUGUCUGCUGCAGCCCCCCCAAAGCGCCCCCGGCCCGUGGAGGAGAGAUAACAGCGGCCAUGUCAAAGACAGUGAGGAUGACUCUGGUCAUAGUGCUCGUCUACUCGCUGUGCUGGGCCCCGUUCUUCAGCGUCCAGCUCUGGGCCGCCUGGGACCCCAACCCACCACUGAACGAUGCAGUGUUCACGCUGCUCAUGCUGCUGGCCAGUCUGAACUCCUGCACCAACCCCUGGAUCUACUCCGCCUUCUCCAGCAGCAUCUCCCCGGAGCUCCGUCUCCUGCUGCUGUGCCGAAAACACACACCACGCCGAGGCUCCUUCCCGAGCGACUCCACCACCACACACAACUCCAACUACUGA